CUCUCCCGCCUCCCCGGCGCUGGCACCGGUGCGCUCGGAAGCCCGACGAGCUUUGCCGACGGCCGCAGCCCGCCGCAGGGUGAGGACACGUUCCUGAGCGGUAUGUGUGGCCAGAGCCCGCUGCUGCAGCUGGUAGCAUGAGUGCUGGCCCCCAGCUGCAGCUGGCUGUCCUCUGGCCUUGGCUGCUCAUGGCGACCCUGCAAGCAGGACUUGGCCGUACGGGGCUGGUGCUGGCGGCGGCGGUCGAGUCGGAGAGGACGGCGGCGCAGAAGGCCAUCAUUAGGGUGAUCCCCCUGAAAGUGGAGCCCAUCAUACUGGAAGGGGAGUUUGCAAAUGUUGCUGAGGUGACUCCAGCCGAAGGCAAACUGCUCCAGUCCCACCCUCUGUCCCUGUGCAACACCAGUGAGGAUGAGCACACUGAGUCGGGCUUCAUCACCAUCGUCAAGCUUGAGCAGCCAGAUCGAGAUCCCAACCCCUGCCUGUCUCUGGCUAACAAGGCAAAGCUUGCAGGGGAGCGUGGAGCCCGUGCCAUCCUUUUUGACAUCACGGAUGAUGAGAGUGCUGCCGAUCAGCUGAGAAAGCCCAGAGGUCUGAGUCAGCCCGUGGUGCUGAUCAGGGGCCACGAUGCUGAGCUGCUCAUGGGCGUCGUGAACAAGAACAGAGAGGCCCACGUGAAGAUAGAGGUCAAGGAGCCACCAGCUUGGCCAGACUACGACGUGUGGAUUCUUCUCACCGUGGUCAGCACCGUGGUCGUCAUCAUUCUCAUUUUUGUUGUCCGCACAAAGUGCCACCUGAACAGGACUCAGGACUCCUUGCAGCAGCAGACCCUGCAGGCCAUCGGGCAGCUGGCCACACGCAAGUACCAGGCGAGGUGCCGGCCGUCGCGCUGGGACUCAGCCAGCAGCUGCAGCUCAGCCCCCGUCUGUGCCAUCUGCCUGGAGGAGUUCAGCGAGGGCCAGGAACUGCGGAUCAUCUCAUGCUCCCACGAGUUUCACCGGGAGUGUGUUGACCCCUGGCUGCAGCAACACCACACGUGCCCACUUUGCAUGUUCAAUAUUCUUGCCAGAGACUCUGUGGACCAGGCUGCAGCUGCCGGCUCCAGGCUGGCCCCUCAGGACAUGGAGCCCGGACGGCGGCUCCACCUCUUCCGCCAGCACCCGGGCCAUGCCCUUUACCACCUCCCACACCCGUAUCCUCAGAGGAACCUCAGGAGCUUCCCCUCAGAGCCAGCCCACGGCAACCCCUUCUUCCGCUCCCCAGAGCUCUCCCAGCUGGAUUUUGGCACCAUCCACUACGUGCCCUACAGGCCGGCAGCCACCUCCCUGCUCGCCUGCGGCCACCCGUCCCCGCUGGGCCAGCAGCAUCCCAACCCCUCGGCGUGCGGCCAGGCGCCGCCGCCCCACAGGACUUGUUCUCUGCAGCCCCCUUGCCCGGGGCUGAAGGCGGCCCUGGCACCCAAACAGCACCGAGCGCCCGCCCUGCGCCGGGGGCACGGCCACGGGCAUCAGCACAACAGCAGCGGCUCCGGGGAGAGCUACCUGACGGAGCACAGCGGCUACCUGGCAGACGGGCCGGGCAGCGACUCCAGCUCGGGGCCCUGCCACGGCUCCUCCAGUGACUCGGUGCUGAACUGCACGGACGUCAGCCUGCAGGGCAUCCACGGCAGCUGCUCCACCUUCCGCAGCUCCCUCAGCAGCGACUACGACCCCUUCGUGUACUGCAGCUCCGAGGGAGCCGCCGCCGAGCGCGGCCACGACCAGCCGCGGCCGCACAGGGACGCGCGGCCCCGGUCCUUGGACCUGCUGCUGCCCGGCGCCGCUGCUCAGGCCAAGCCCCAGGUGCUCAGCCACGUCCACUAUCACCACCACCAGCACCACCACUACAGGAGAGACGCCGAGUGCCCACCCGGGAGGGCCGGGCAGGCGCCUGGGCAGCGCAGGUCCCGGUACUCGGGGGCCAAGGUCGGCUUCCACGGUGCUCGGACGCAGAGGAGGACGGAGAAAAGCCCCCACUGCCAGCAGCCUCCCGAGAGCAGCGCUGUGCUGCAGGAGGCAGCUCUGGCAGGACACGCAGCCUGUCCCCAGCCAGGCCAGGAGGCCCCUCACGCUCCCUUUGCUUCUCCAAACGGGCUGGACUCGGGCGUAGAUGCCAGCAGAGAGCCGGGAGCAGGCGGCACGUCGCCCGGCCCGCUGCCCUCCAGACACAGCUUACAGAGCCGGCACCACCGGAGGAAAAGGAAGUGUCCCCUGGAGCCCGACCCCGCUGUCCCGCCCGAGGCCUCGGCCCUGCCCAGGGCCUGUGGCACCCACAGCCACGGCUGCUCGCCCGAGGCCCAGCCCCUCAUCCCAAGCGCUCCCCAGCCCUGCAGCCCGGGCUCUCGGCCGCUCUGGAGGUGUUUAGUGCCUCAGUCCGGCUCAGAGCUGCAGAGGCAGCAGGAGGGCUUGUCAGGACGGGAGGGGAACCACACGGCUCCUGCUGAUCUCUCGGGGAUGGGCAGCCCCAGGCACAGUCUGAGUCUUCACCUGCGCUGCCCGUCUCAGCAGGGUGGUCGGGGAUGUGAAGAGGAGGCCCAGGACUUCCAUGAACACUCAGUUUAAUAAAACACUGGCCUGUUUGCUUCCUGGAGAGCUGGAGUGGACAAAGAUGUUCAGCAUCCCAGCUGCAGAGGAGCUCCAGCACACACUGACCAGCCCUGCCCUGCGUGGCCCGCGCCGAGGUGCAAACCACAGACAAGGAAUGUGACACUUGUGGCCUCCUCACGUGUCCCCACGACAAGAUAGUCACACAAACAACGUGUUCUCCAGGUCCCCUCCUCCUUGGAAGGCACAGGCAGCCCAUCUUCACCCUGUGGUACCUUGUGUGCGUGGGCUGGCUCGCUCAGAGCCCGGCCGUGGGAGUCACCAGCUGGAGAGCUCACGGAGUGAGUGCAAGCUGCUAUUUUGGCAUGUUCAUGCCACAGAAGGUUUUUACUAAACACUUCAAAAAUAAACAAGCCUUCGAGACCAAAAGCUGCAGAAAUUACUUUUCUGUGGCCUGGUAGCUCCUGACUUCAUUUCCUCACUUAGGUCAAAAGCCAGACUUCUUCAUUUAACUUUUCCACUCUUAUUUCAGACGCGGGAACAGGCUGUUCUCCAGCUCCCCACUCGCAGGGCUGGCCUGUGAGGUGCUGCUUCUGACUUCACUGGGAACCAACAGCUCUUCACUACAUUUGAUCACUUCGUUGUCCCUCAAGCUGAUGCCACCUUGGCCACUUGCUGCAUUUUGCCAGCAGCAGGAGAGGUGAAGACACGGGGGACAGUGUCAGCGUUUCUGGGAAGGAGCUGGGUCAGACUCUUCCCAUUGCAAAGAAUCCAUCCUCUCAUCUGGCAAUGUGAACAAGUCUCUCACUCAUCCUCUCUUCUGGCUGGAGAGAUGGCCAGCCUGGUUCAGAGCAACUCAUUUGUUGAGUGUAUUUCAAAGCUGAGAUGCCCCUGUCACAGGAGUCAUGGAAAAUCCUUGAGUUCACGUGGUUUCUGCUGCUCUCCUUCCUCCCUGUGCCCCAAGACACAGCAAAAAUUGCCAGCAGAAGCAUCCACAGGAAAAGCAGAGCCCAGCCCCAUCCAUCACCCAGCUUUACCCUCACAUUCUGAGACCCUUGAAACCAUCCUGCAAAGGCAUUGUUUCAAAAUACCCCUCUGCCUUUCCUGAUGUUUUGAUGGUGGAGACAGAAAGCUCCACAAGUUGCCAGGCUCUUGUUUAUUACUUCCCUCCCCCUCUGGUUUGUGGGGAUGUUUCUGGAAUGUCACUGUUUAUUUCCUGCAUCUCACAACCUGGGGACGUUCAAGUAAAACAAAACCUGCCAAAUUCCAAACAUACACAACCCAAACCAUUUCCAUACAGCAGGGAAUUAGACCAUCAAGUUCAUUGCCUUAAUGAGCUACGGUUCUGUGGUUCUAAGGGAUCAUCCAGGCCAAAGAAUGAGCCAGGUCCCAUGUGAAGAGCACAUGUACCCAGCACCAAGUGUUUCCAGAGCCAAUGCUAAUGAAGCAUUGGUGAGGAUACAGCUCUGGAGCUGGAGGUAACUCCUGACAGUUUGAAAGCCAGUGUAGGGACAGACUUUCCCCCUCUGCUCAGGGCUCAGUGAGUUUGCUGUGCUCUCCUUUGAAGCAUCAGCUGCUGCUCCAGUUCCAGGGAGUGCACUGGUUGUGGAGAGCCAGUUCAGGACAACCCUGCUCUGCCUGCCUUUGGUGGUGCAGAAAGCUUUGUACAGCACUUGCUGCCUCGAGUCUUUGAAAAAGGCAUCUUUGUCCCAGCUGCUCAUCACUCACUGACACUCAGGUGAUGGUGUUAAAAGCCAAUACAGCUCUUCUAAACAAGACAUCAUUCCCUUGCUAGUGCUCAUUUCUCCUGUCCUGUGGCUGAGCCACUGCAGGACCUUUGUCUGGAGAAGAGCUGAAUUCCUUCCAUCAAAGAACCCAGCAGAAUUACAUUUUCACCUUUCCAGCCUCUUGCUUGUCCUGCAGAGCAAGCAGAAGACACAAGCUCAGAUGUUUUCACCCUUGCAGGGAAGUCAGUCUUAAACUAGAGAUAAACCCCCCAGGAGCAGGUCUCUUCAGCUUCUUGUGCACAUGGUCCAUGGCUUGUCUCAGCCAGCUUCCUAUGUCCUCCAUCCUGGAGAGCUCAGGUGGCUUUACAGAGGGGAGAGUUGUGAAGCCUGGGGAGCCUCCAGGGAUGCAUUUCACUGCCUCAAAGGAAUGAGCAUCUACUCUGCAGUCUAAAAGUCCUGCUCUCUUUGCCUCCUUAUCCUUAAAGAAACCAAAGAGGGCUCUGAAUCUGCAGCAAGCCCCAAGCUUCUUGGAGAAAGUGGUCAGCACUGACGCACCCUUUCCAUUCCCCACUGCAGUAUUACCAGGCUGUGCAGGGCAGUGCCUGCCUUAAAGUGUUUUCCUUUCCUAAUGUUAUGCUGCUGCUCCUUUUCAUCUAGAAAAAGGCCAUCCUGGAUGCUGGGCCCCUCCCCAGGGCUUGCAGAGCUGAGUGAGAGCGUGCAGGUCUGCCUCGGUGGGUUCUCAGGUGGGAGGAGAGGGAGCAACUCUCUGGGAAGGUGGUUUUUAAGAUCCUCUUCAGCAGAUGGACUGCCAUGCUUGGCUGAUCCUCUUCAGCAGAUGGACUGCCAUGCUUGGCUGGCUGGAAGGGAAGAAGCAAUAUCUGGCAGAAUGGGGAAGGGCUCCUCUGAGUCCCUGCAACUCUUGCCUCAGGGUGCUGCUUUGGGUCCUGGGGACCACUGGGCUCCAUCAGUUUCUCCAGCAUCGCUGCAGUGAAGCACGAUUCAUUUUCCUUCAUUGCAUCCAAAGCCCAAGCUGAAACCUGCUGGAAGCCAGAGCACCCCAAACUUCCUCAGCACCCCAAACUUGCUCAGCCCGAAAGCAAAGCCGUUCGGGGGCUGUGCUCUUGGCAGCCCGGCUGGACGUCCCCGUCCCUGCACACAGCCUCUCUUCUCCCUUUCAUCACGUUCAGAUCCUUCUCAAAUGUGAAUAUCGGUUUGUUUCGGUUGUGUUCUCGUUGUUGUUUCGUGUUUGGGUUAUUUUUGCUGAGUCUGUCCUGGCUCUCGGGGCUUGGGAAUAAAUUAUGACACAACCCCCUCCUCCCCCCCAAAAAAAGAGGAAGAAUACGUUUUAUAUAUAUGCAAAACUGUGUAUUUAUGUCGGGUAGAAACGGAGAUGUGUGAAUAU